GCGGCGGCGGUGGGUGCGCUCGGCUCCGCUCCGUUCCGCUCCGCUCCGCGCCCGCCAUGGCGGCCCCGGCCCGCCGGCCCCGGGCCCUGCUCGCCCUCGGCCUGGCCCUUCUCGCCGCCGCCGCCGCCGCCACCGACCCCUUCUCGCCGCAGCUGGGAGACACCGGCGGGUGCCGCGGGCAGUGCGGCCGCAGCCUGCAGCGCCGGGCCGCCGCCGAUGCUGUUCUCAACGCCUGUUACCGGGGCUGCCGGCUGUUCUCCAUCUGUCACUUCGUGGAUGCGAGCGCCGAGCUCAACACGACCAGAGCCGAGUGCGAAGCAGCCUGUGCUGAAGCCUACGGCAACGCAGAGGAGCAGUUUGGGUGCGUGACCGGGUGCCGCAAGCAGCUGCCCGAGGUGGAGGAGAGCAGGAAGGAGAAGAGCCUGGAGCUGAAAUUGCCGUCGUUCUCCAUGCUGGAUUUGGUCUCCACCUUCUGUAACGACAUCGUCAGCUCUGCCCAGAGCUUCAUCUCCUCCACUUGGACCUUCUACCUGCAGGCGGACGAUGGCAAAGUCGUGGUGUUCCAGUCCCAGCCUGAGAUGGAGUUCCCAGCAGCCGAGGCCCUGGAGAUCCAGCCAGCACAGCCGGGAUCGGGGUCGGGGUCCAGCCCUGGUGUCCCCCAGCCCCACACAGGCCCCCGGGCAAAGGGGGACAAGCCCCCCGUGAAGGAGCCGCGGGGCAAGGCCAAGGCGCAUCCCCCGGAGCCCCCGCAGCAGGAGCACGACUUCCUGGGCUGCAUGUCCAAGCGGGGGGUGGUGGGGUGCUACAGGCGCUCGGGCCUUCCUCGCUGGAUCCUGGCCGCCUGCCUCUUCCUCUCCAUCAUGGUGAUGCUGUGGCUCAGCUGUGCCAGCCUGGUCACCGCCCCCGAGCAGCACGUCAAGACCCAGCCCCUGAGCAUCAACGGGGACAAGGAGUACCUGGAGGACCUGGACGGCCCCGGCCCUUUCCCGCUGCCGCCCGUCAUCACAGUCACCCUGUGCCCCGCGCCCGGCGGGGAGGACGCGGGGCCGCUGCCCCUCAAGGUCGACCUGGACAAGACCAUCCUGUAGGGCUCCCGUCCCUGCCCACCGCCUCCGCCUCCCUCUCACCGACCCCAUGGCAUCGCCUCCCGGCUCCCCGCGUCCCCCGGGCCCGCAGGGGCAUCUCCGCCUUGGGCCGGGCCCCGCUCCCCUCCCCGGGCACGGCCGGGCCCCGCUCCCCUCACAGGCACGGCCGGGUCCGCUCCCUUCACGGGCACGGCCGGGUCCCGGAUCCCGCUCCCCUCCCGGGCACGGCCGGGUCCCGGAUCCCGCUCCCCUCCCGGGCACGGCCUGGUCCCGGGGGAGGCUCCGGGAGCCGGGAGCGGCUCUGGCUCCCCCAGGGAUGCGCUGCGGGCUGGGAUCCGGGCCUGCGGAACCGAGAGGGAGCUGCCAGGGCGGGCAGGCCGCAGGGAGCCCGGCGGGUCCCGGAGCGGGACUCUCAGUCUGCUCCGCCCGGAGCCGCCGGGGCCCCGCAGCCCUCCGGGCACGGCUCCAGCGCUGGGCAGGAGGGAGCCGGCUGCGGUGGGGGAUGGAGAGCGUCUGCAGCCUUCCGAGCUUUGGCUCGGCACAUCCCCGGCCUCCCACCUUGGGCUGAGCCUCCGAGGCGCCGGCCCCGGCCCUGGGAACUCCCUUCCGCCGGCCGGAGCCGAUUGCCUCGGGGAGCCGAAACGUGGCGAAUGGAUUUGGCCUUGGCAGUCGGAGACGGGAGCGGAUCCCGCCGCCUCCGUGCCCACGCCAGCACCCGGCCGGCCCCUUCCCGGAGCUGUGGAGGGGCCCUGGGAUGGCUCCUUCCCCUCCCUGCUCCGUGAUGCCCUUGGGGAGCUGGCCCUGGUGCCAACAAGCUGCUGGUGAGACCAAGCAAAGGAUGAGGCGGCGUUUCCCUGACUUCGAGCUCGGACAGGAGGUGGGAGCUGCAGGGAUGGCUCCAUCCUGGGCUCAGCAUCCCUGCCCCACGCUGGGAGCAGCCUGCAGGGCUGUAGCUGACGGCAGGACCCGGUCUCUGUGUCCCUGGGCUCACAGUGCUGCCCUCAAAGCGGGCAGUGGCACCAAGCACGGCUCCCCUCGGCUCACCCUGGCACAGCCCCCGGGCAUGGAGGCGUCUCCCCGCUCCCCAUCUCCCCCCCAUUCUCCACCACUCGAUUCCAUGCAUCGUUCCGUGGUUUGAUUUGCACCGGCGUGCGGCUCCUCGGCCCCAGGGGACACCCCAGUGCCGGAGGGUGUCGGUCCCGCCACCCCUGUGUCACCUAACACGUCUGUACAGAUUAACUUAUUACCCCGACCCUUCCUUGGGUUUUUGGGCUCUCGGGGGCCGUGCUGUGCUGGGACCGGGGCCUCUCAUCCCCGUCCUCACCGGUUUUGUGCUGCUCCGUGUCACCUCUACCCAUCCGACAUAUCUGGGUUUGGGGAACCGGGUUGGGGGGAGGCGUGGGGGGGUCUCGUGUCCGUUUUGGGGUCCACUUUUCGUUGUUGCUUUCCGGCCGCGUGUGAAGCUCGGUGCAGUCAGUGUGUGAUGUUCCGGCCGCGGCAGCGCCCCCGAUCCCCGGGCAGGAGCUCCGGGGGCAGCGAGGCCUGGAGCCCUCACGGCCUGGAGCCCUCCCAGCCUGGAGCCCUUCUGGCCUGGGGCCCUCCCGGUCAUGGAGCCCUCCCGGUCCUGGAGCCCUCACGGCCUGGAGCCCUCCCGGCCUGGAGCCCUCCCGGUCCUGGAGCCCUCACGGCCUGGAGCCCUCCUGGCCUGGAGCCCUCCCGGUCCUGGAGCCCUCCUGGUCCUGGAGCCCUCACGGCCUGGAGCCCUCCCGGCCUGGAGCCCUCCCGGUCCUGGAGCCCUCCCGGCCUGGGGCCCUCCCGGCCUGGAGCCCUCCCGGCCUGGAGCCCUCCCGGUCAUGGAGCCCUCCUGGCCUGGAGCCCUCCUGGUCCUGGAGCCCUCCCGGCCUGGAGCCCUCCUGGCCUGGAGCCCUCCCGGCCUGGAGCCCUCCCGGCCUGGAGCCCUCACGGCCUGGAGCCCUCCCGGCCUGGAGCCCUCACGGCCUGGAGCUCUCCUGGUCAUGGAGCCCUCCCGGCCUGGAGCCCUCCCGGUCCUGGAGCCCUCCCGGCCUGGAGCCCUCCUGAUCCUGGAGCCCUCCUGGCCUGGAGCCCUCCCGGCCUCGCCUCGAAGGUCAAACCCAGCCUCGAGCUGGGAGGGGGAAUAGAAUAAAGGUUUGUACCAGA